AUGAGCAACCCCGGCCUCAUCACCUGGGGCGUGCCGCGCCUCGCCCAGCUUCUCCCGCUGGACGAGGAGUCCCUCACGCAGAUCAUCACCUACACGGCCAGUCUCUCGAAAGAAGAAGGCGCCGAGCACCUCAAAAACUUCCUGGGAGAUUCCCCCGCCGCCUUCGAAUUCAUCGCCGCCUUCAGCUCCCGUCGCGAGCCCCCGCCGCCUGCCCGAUCGCCCGCGGUGCCGUCCGUCUCCAGCGGGGUCUCACCGUCGUCCACUACUCCAGCAGCCCGGAACACCACCUCCGGAGGGAAACGAGGCAAGAAGUCGAAACCGCCGCUCCACAGCGCCGGACCGGUCCGUCGGCCUGAGAAUUUCGGAAAUGUGGUGGGCGGAUAUCGAAAGGGCGACCAGGAUGAGGAUUACAUGUCGAGUAGCGGCAGGAAUACGAUGGGGAGACAGGAUGCGGGGGCGGGAGCAGGGGCAGGGGCAGGGAAUAUCCUGGCGUCUUCACGCGAGACAUCUGCCACUUCGUCUCGAAACCAGUCGCCCGUCCCGCGACAACAUACCCCCGCCGCAGCUAAGAAUCCGCCGUCUGCGGCGGGGCCGGUCAUCUCGGAUCUUCUGCCGAAUGUGAAGUCGAAAGCGGCGAAGCCUUCUUCGGCACGGGCUGGUGGGGGAGGAGGGGGAGGAGGAGGAGGAAGGGGCGGGAAUGCGUUUGCGAAGGGGGGCGGUGCGCUGACUACGAAUAUGAUCCAUGAUUUGACGGCCGCUAUUUCUGCGUUGGAGAUGUCUACGAAUCCGACGCUGGGCGGCGAGGGGAGGAAGUGCAGCUGCUACGCGAGUAUUCAUCCGUUGUUUGAAGCGGCGCCGAACUGUCUGAACUGCGGGAAGAUCAUCUGCUCGCUCGAAGGGCUCCAGCCGUGUUCGUUCUGCGGGACGCGGCUGUUGUCGGAUGAGGAGAUCCAGAGCAUGAUUCGCGAGCUGCGGGCGGAGCGGGGACAGGAGAAGAUGCGGGUUCAUAAUGAGGGUGUACACCGGGAGGACGGCCCGGGUCCGGGAUCGGGGUCCAGCAAGCUGGACGCGGCGAAGGCGCAUCGCGACAAGCUGCUCCAGUUCCAGGCGAACAAUGCGAAGCGGACACGGGUUGUGGACGAGGCGGCGGAUUUCGAGACCCCGAAUGUUGCGUCGACGCUGUGGAUGACGCCUGCGCAGCGGGCGCUGGCCCUGAAGAAGCAGCAGCGGGUCCAGCGAGAGAUGGACGAGAAGGCCCGGCCGGAGUGGGAGAAGAAGAAGACCAUCAUGAGCCUGGAUAUCAAGGGGGGGCGGGUGACGAGGGUCUACCAGUCUGCGGGGCCCGCGGAGACGGGUCCGUCGGCCGAGGAAGACGCAGAGGAGGAGCUGGCGGAUGGAGGCAGCCGCGAAAGCAGCGGGAAAGCCUUCAGCCACAACCCUCUCCUGGCGGCCGGAGGGUUGCUGCGACCGGUCUGGAAGCCAACGGACGGGGAGCAGCCCGACGCGGAGCGCAGGGAGCGGAAGCAGGCCUCUUGGCGGAGAGUGCAGGACGACAACGACGACAAUGAGCAAUGGAUUCUGGAUGGUGGCUUGCACGGUCAUACCUGA